UCCACUUCAGAUACCUCGUGCCGCUUAAACCUUCCCUCUCCCGCCGAAACCCUCCUCAGCCGUGCCGUUCAGUGCCGCCGCCGUCGUCGUCAUUCUCGAUUUUGCUUCUCCGCCGUGCUGCGUCAUUCUUCGUCGAUCUUCUUCCUUCUCUUGGUCUCAGUUACAGCCGAGCCCAACGACUAGAUAACUGUGUGCAAAUUGAGUCGAAGGUUUAUAAUGUCCGGUAAAGAUAAGAACUUGCAUAAUAUGUCGGAGUCGGAUUCCGAACAAGAAGAUGUUGGCAAAGAAGGCAUUGAAUGGAUAAUGAACCUUCCAGAUGUGCCCAUGAAGCUCCCACCACAUGUAGAAUUGCAGAGGACUCGCGUCGAAUGCAAAGCCGAUGCUCCCAUUCAUACGGAUACGAUACAGUAUUCUGGAGCAUAUGCUUCGUUGGGUAUUGAUAACAGCUUACGACUGGAUUCUUUUCGCAAGAACUUCAAAAUUGAAGUGAUUGAUCUCAAAGAGGAUGACAUGGAAUUCGACAUGAUCGGCAUUGACCCAUCCCUCGCUAAUGCAUUUAGGAGAAUCCUGAUAGCUGAGGUUCCCACUAUGGCUAUUGAAAAAGUAUUGGUUGCUAACAAUACAUCAAUAGUCCAAGAUGAAGUGCUUGCCCAUAGGUUAGGUCUCAUCCCGAUUCGUGUUGAUCCAAGGCUUUUUGAGUACUCAGAUAAAGACACGCCAAAUGAGAAGAAUACAAUUGUUUUUAGACUCCAUGUUCGCUGUGAACGUGGAAAACCUCGUCUUACCGCGACGUCAAAAGCAUUGACAUGGCUACCAAAUGGUAGUGAAUUUCCUUUGGUAUCUGAUAAAUCAGUUUCAAACACAAAGCCCAAAACAUAUACUUCUUUUAGUUGCAGCCAAGACACGCUGCCAGAAUUUGCCAACAAUCCAAUUGGUCCAAAGGACGGUGAUAUUAUACUUGCUAGACUCAGCUCGGGUCAGGAAAUUGAACUUGAAGCUCAUGCUGUUAAAGGUAUGGGUAAAACACAUGCUAAGUGGUCUCCAGUGGCCACUGCUUGGUACAGAAUGCUUCCUGAGGUUGUACUUCUGGAAGACAUAGAGGAUGAGUUGGCAGAAGAACUCAAAAACAAAUGUCCUGUUAAUGUCUUUGACAUUGAAGAUAUAGCUAAUGGUAAGAAAAGGGCAACUGUUGCACGUCCACGAGCUUGCACAUUGUGCAGAGAAUGCAUAAGAGGAGAAGCAUGGGAGAAACGUGUCUCAUUGCGUCGAGUGAAGGAUCAUUUCAUUUUUAAGAUUGAAUCAACAGGAGCUUUACCUCCAGAGGUGCUGUUCACUGAAGCUGUAAAGAUUUUGGAAGAUAAGUGUGAACGUUUAAUUGCUGAGCUCUCUUGAUUCUUCCUGUCCAAAAGAGAUGAACGUGUAUAUUAUUUCAUUUUAUUCAGCAGUCAUCAAUUUUUGUAAUAUAGGAGGAUUCAUAUUCUAUUUUUCUUUUUAAUUGACAGUAGAAUAGUAAGUUUUGCUGAUCUCUCUUGAUUCCUCCUAGAUCUUAUGAAUGCCAACUUGGAGGUGAUCGAAUAAGAGAAUAGACAAAGAUAAUGUUAUUUCUUCAAUGGAAUUCAAGUCUGUUUACUUAUAAGGAAUUCAAGUAUCUAAGAGCUUUGAGUACUUAAAUUUAUAGAAAUGUAAGCUUGUUAUACU